GUGACUAGGAGCCGACACACGGAAGUGGGCGAAUCUGAGCAGUAAAACCUGCUAUGUCGCUUUUAGAGGGCGGUUUUACUGUUUUUGUUGUUUUGGUCGCGUUAAUUGCAGCGGUUUUACACUACAUGGAGAAUUCACCUGGAGAAUACGUGGCGUAUAAAGGGGGAAUAAUUCCAGGCUUGAAGGACUGUGGAGCAGUAGAUAUGUGACCGAAUGCAUACAUGCGAGUCAUGUAUUGCUCAGAAGAUGGAUGCGGCUGCACUAGAAGAAAACUUCAGGCAAAAGAAUAAAAGUUGUUUUAUUCUUGGUGCUUCUGGAGAGACAGGGAAAACACUGUUAAAGGAAAUUGUACAGCGCAAUAUUUUCACCAAAAUUACUCUCAUCGGGCGAAGAAAGCUGAGCUUUGAGGAUAAAACGUAUGACAAAGUGGUGCAAGAAGUGGUGGACUUUGAGAAGCUGGAUGAAUAUGCCCAAGCAUUUCAGGGUCACGACGUUGGGUACUGCUGCCUCGGAACAACCAAAGCCAAAGCAGGAACCGAGGGAUUUAUCCGUGUCGAUCACGACUACGUACUGAAAUCAGCAGAACUAGCCAAAGCCGGGGGUUGCACACACUUCCAUCUGGAGUCAUCUAAAGGAGCUGACAAAACAAGCAGUUUCCUUUAUCUAAAAACCAAGGGCCAAGUUGAAGCAGAUAUAGAGGAGCUGAGCUUUGAGCGAUACUCCAUCUACAGACCGGCAGUGCUGUUGGUGAACAGAGAGGAGAGUAGACCAGCCGAAUGGAUGGCACGCAAGUUUCUCGGAGCGUUCUCCUCCGUGUUCCCCACAGCGAUGUCCAUCCCCAUCACCGCUGUGGCUCGAGCCAUGCUGAUCAACACGCUCAUCGAAGGAGAGCAAAAAACCGAGAUCCUCGAAAACAAAGCCAUUUACAACCUCGGCAAGAUUGAGGAAAAGCGUUAAGAUGUGGAUUGUUCGAGUCUCGUGUAACAAGUGCUUUAAUUUCUUCCUCCGUAAAGGGACGUUUUGUCAUUUGGUGAUUUCCUGUCUAGAGACUUUAAACUCACUUGCGUAAAAAACAUAAGGGAUUUUCUGUUCAUCUGUGAGCAUUUAACAGCUGUAAGUUUUCAGUCUUAAACCUUAAACGGUCUGUUUUGUGCACUACACUAUAUGAUUUAAUUUAAUUUUAAAUAUAUAUUUUUUUUCUGGAGAUGAAUGGAGUUCUUUCCUUGAAUAUUAAUUAAAGUUAUUUGAGUGAAUUGUAGAAUAGUCACUUAUCAAAACACCCGCAUAAACACCUGCAUUUUUAUUUUUAUUUUUUUUAUAGGUCUUUAUUAUUAUUUCUUUAUCAAAAAAUAAACAUGUUAAUAUCA